GAACCUGCUAGCGUGGCGGUAUGCCGAACGAUGGCCCGGGACCCUCACCAGAAGAUAAGGCGCGAUACGAUGGGGCAAGGAAAGAGCUUAUACAGGCACUCUCAAAGAAACGAGCCGUAGACAAACAAUUGGCACAACUAGAGAUUCAAAUAUACAAUCUUGAGAGCUCUUACCUCUUGGAAACUUCUGCUCAUAGCGGAGGUAAUAUUAUUCAUGGAUUUGACGGUUACUUGAAGAACCAGAUGACGAAGAAGAAGUAUGAGCUGAAUGAUGGGGAUCGAAUAUUCUCCACCAGCAGCUUGACUUUCCAAAAGUCCAUUGAACUAUCCGGUGAAGGAGAGGAGUCCUCAGCUACAGUGGAUGAUUAUAAGCAGCCAACUCCAGGGCUGACAACCGUUGUUCUCCCCCCUGCUUCCCGAGCACAAGAGCUUACAGCAGCGCAGCUGAAAAAGAAUAGAGAUAGGGAGUAUCAGCGGAAGAAACGCGCAGCCGCGGGUCGUAUCAGUAUGGGGACUGUCAGUGACGAAGAAUCUGCUCCAUCUACCGGGAGGCGACCGACGAAAAGGUCGAGGAUGAUGGACGAAGAUUGAUUUUUGCAUGAUAUAUACCGUAUCGCAAGUGUCCUUCUGCAUUGUCCAUUGUUUUGAGAAACUGCUUCAAAGCAGCCUCAUCAAGACCACCUUCGUCAGGAUCGGCGGCCUCUAUACAUCGUGUCACAGCAAUUGUGUCUCUAACUUCAUUGGCUUUAAUCCACACUCUGCCGUUCACCCCAACAGCCACAUCCAGAGGAAAGUGCGAUCCAAGCAAUGAGAGCAGGAAAUAGGAGGGGUCUAGAAGGCUAUCAAGAUUUUCCUUAAUAUUGCCAAGCAAAGAACUAUAUUUUUACACUU